AUGGUUUUAAAUUAUGUAUAUAUAGCGUUAGCAGGUGUAUUGCACACUUUAAACAAAAGUUAUUUAGACAUUAAAGACAUAGGUGUAACCUAUUUAACGUAUUUUGUUUUUUUAAUUUCAUGUUAUUUAUUAAAGAAUUAUUUUUCAUGGAAGUUUCUUAAUUUUAUAAGAAUUGUGAAAAGCUCCAUAGUUCUAAUAAUAUGUUUAAUAAGCUUAAAAUAUUUAGAUUUGAACCUGACCUUAAGUAUUAACUUUUUUUACUUAUACAACAUUUUACAGCUAAGUAACUUUUUAGAAGUAAUUACAUCAGGAGAUAAAAAAAGAAAUAACAAAUCAACAAAUGUAGAGGAAAGAGUAAUUAAUAAAUACGAGUUAAGAAAUGAAAAUGAAGAAAAAAAUUAUGAAUUAAUUGGAGAUACAUCAAAACAUUUAGAAAAAAUUGCAAAAAAAAUAUUAAAUAAUAAAAAAAAAUUAGAAGAAAAUGAAUGUAUAUUAAAAGAAAAACAAAUUAUUGAUGAAAUAGAAAGAAAAGAAAAAGAAGAAGAAGAAAUUAUGAAAAUGAAAAAUAAUCUUAAUGCUAAAAAAAAUAAUGAUAAAAAGGACAAAAUAAAUAUAUACGGUAUUUAUGUUUUCUUUUUACAAACCUUUUAUAUAUUUUUUUUUUAUUUUUUUUGGAAUUAUAUUCAGAAUUUGAUUAUUAUAAAAAUAUUCUUAACUUUACAAUUAGCUAAAUGUCUCAUUUCUUUUGUUAGUAAUUUCUGGAUAAAUAAUAUAAAUAUAAAUUUAUUAAAAAGAAUGAUACAUGUAUUAGAUAUGGUAUAUAUGUUUUCAAUAAGUUUAUUUUUUACAAAUAUUCUGUACAAUACAUCAGACAAUACACAUGUAUUACGUAACUUUGCAGUAUAUUCUAUUGUAUUUCAUGUAUAUUAUGCAUAUGUCCUAUUUGUUAAUUAUAUAUACACAUAUCAUAAGCAAUUUAGAUCAUCUCUGUUCUCUUUUAUUUUGUUCUUCCACGUAUUUGGAAUAAUUGGAAUGAUAAAAUUGUAUUAUCACGAGUAUGGAAAGUCAUUAUUAAUUCAGUGCAUACUAUUUUACCUGAUAAACGGUUUCGGAAUAACUUUUGGAGCUCAUCGCUUAUGGUCACAUAGAGCAUUUAAAGCUGGUCACAUUGUUCAGGUUCUAUUUUUAAUUUUGAAUAGUUUUGCAAAUCAAGGGAGUGUAAUAGUUUGGGCCAUAAAUCAUCGUUUACACCAUAAAUAUAGUGAUACAAAAUAUGAUCCUCAUAAUAUAAGAUAUGGCUUCUUUUAUAGUCACGUUGGAUGGCUUUUAUAUCAGAAAACGAAAUAUGUAAAAGAAAAAGAGAAAGAAAUUUAUGUAGAUGAUUUAUUACAAAAUCCUUAUCUUCUUUUACAACACAAAUUAGAUCCAUAUUUUAAUUUUUUCUUUUGUUUUAUUAUACCUGGUAUAUAUUCAUAUUUUAUGUAUAAUAACUUUUGGGAUGGAUUUUUUAUAUUAGGAGCUCUUCGUUGGAUUAUUACUUUACAUGCUACAUGGUCUAUUAAUAGUGCAUCACAUUCUUUUGGACAUAGACCCUAUAAUAUUGAUAUAAAACCAACCAAUAAUAUUUUUACAUCUAUAGUAGCACUUGGAGAAGGAUGUCAUAAUUAUCAUCAUGUGUUCCCUUACUGUUAUGCUAUGAAUGAAAAUUUUUAUAUUCUUAGUAUAAACCCUACGAAAUAUCUGAUAAAUUUUUUCUAUUAUUUAGGUUUAGUAUGGGAUUUAAAAUGUGCAAAGAAUAUUUGUAAAGAAGUACGAUUAAGAGAAACAUUAAAAUUAGAAAAGAGAAAUAAAGCAUUAAGUGAAAACAUUAAAAAUGAAAUAAUGAAAAAAGAAGAUACAAGUUAUGUUAUAGAGUUAAUGAAUUCUUUUAAAGCAUUGUGUAAUGAUUAUUUAAAUAUUUCAACCUUUAUGUAUAUUUUAUACUUCUUAAGAGAUAUUGUAAUUAUGAUUACUAUAUUUUUAAUUCACAUAUGUUACUGUUAUAAUAAAUAUGGAAAUGGUACUAUGUUUUCUACGAUAUCACAAAAAUUUAAUAUAGAAAAUAAUAAAUAUUUAUCAAUAUCACUUUCCUUUUUCUUUCAUAUUAUUUUAUAUACACUACCCAUGGGAACUAUGUUUGCAAGUUUAUAUGCAUUAGUUUAUGAAUGUAAAAGAGAGCUACUUUUUAAAAAACCACUAUUUAAUCAUUUCUUUGGUAGUAUUAUUUCAUCAUUUAUUUUGUUACCAUAUACUUCAGAUAAAAAUAGAAAAUCAGUAUUAACAGCCUUGAAUGAAGAUUUCGUUAAAAUUUUAAAGGGACCAAUAUAUUUUGACAUAUAUACUUUAAUAUUCUCCUUUUUUUUAGUAUUCUAUAUAAUGACAUAUUAUAUAUUUGGGUACUUUUAUUUCUGCACAUUUUUUUUAGGACCAUAUAUUGUUUUUAAUGCAUGGUUAUUAAUUUAUAUAUAUUUAUUAAAAAAUCCUCCAUUUUUACAAAUGGAUAUUAAUACUAAAGAAGUGGAUAUUGGUGUUUUAAAUUAUGUUGCUUUCCAAUCCUUACUUCAAUGGAAAAAGAAUAAUUCAAUUUAUCAAAGUAAAAAGUGGUUAUAUAAAAUGGUUUUUUCAUUUAUUAAUUUCAUACACCAUCACUUAUGUUAUACUCAUGUUGUUGAGUUCAUUAAUGCCAGUAUACCAAGUUACAGAACUAAAGAAAUAUAUAAACAUUUCGAUAAAACAUUAGAUCAGUAUAAUUUCCUACGCAAUGACAAAUUUAUGGACGUACUCAAGGAGUUCUUAUGA